CAAUAAGAGGUUUUUCUAGGCCUAAUAUUUUGGCAUUCACAUGCAACGUAAAGAAGGGAAAGGAAUACAGAAAUGCUCGGGUUCAAACUCACGAGGAGACUUGAUCCAGGUCUUAUUAGGUGUACGCAAAUUUUUACGGCUCAAAGGAAUAUUGCAAAUGGAAGCAGAAAUAAACAAACAACACUUGACUACUGCAUUGAACUUGUCAGGACAAAUGACUUUGAGAACUAUCUGUGCACAUUGAGACUUCCUGAUAAAGCAAGACUGGCUGCAUUUGCAAUAAGGGCUUUCAAUGUUGAACUUGCUAAGGUUAAAGACAGCGUGAGUGAUAGACACAUUGGCAGCAUGAGACUGCUGUUUUGGAAAGAUGUAAUCAAUGAAUUAUAUGAAGGAAAGCCAAGGGCACACCCAGUUGUUUUGCUCCUUGCUCAGGUGAUCCAAACAAAUAAGCUCAGCAAAUCAUGGUUCAGUCGUUUGAUUGCAGCGAGGGAAAAAACCCUGGAUGAUAAACCAUUCAUGACAAUAGAAGAAAUAGAGAUGUAUGGUGAAAAUUCCGUCUCGCCAGUUCUAUACUUAAUUUUAGAAAGUUUAGGAAUAAAGGAUAUAAAUACAGAUCACGUUGCCAGUCACAUUGGACGUGCGAUUUCCUUGACAACCGUUUUACGAGCUGUGCCAUUCAACGCACAGAGGCGAAAAGUAUUCCUUCCUGUGGAUUUAUUGAUUAAGUAUAAACUGCCACAAGAGGAUAUUAUUCGACAUAAAAAUCCACAAAUCUUAUCAGAUCUAGUGUAUGAAGUUGCCAGCCAGGCCUUUUUUCAUCUUGAAAAGGCGAGGAAUUUGAAGAACGGCUUGUCGAAAGAAGCGCGAAAAGUAUGCUUGUCUGCGGUGCCGUGCGCAUUUUACUUGGAUAAAAUACAAAAACUGAACUUCGACGUUUUUCAUCCUAAAUUACAGCAAAGAGACUGGAAACUAGCGGUCAGCAUACUGUCUCAAUCAAUUUUAAGCACAUUUUGAAGCUGGUUUGCCUAUCUCUUGUGUAUCUAAACUUCCUUUGAAGUAAAUUUUUUUCUGAGUCCUGUAACGAGGACCACCGAGAGGUUAUGGAGGUCCUGGGGCAAAACCGAAAGGCGAAAUUUUUGUGACCACGCACUUUGGAUUUGCUUAAAUUCAAUCAUUUUCUGGCAAUCGUUUGAAUAUUUAACCAUUAUGGUGUUACUUUUAAUUAAUUCUAUUUUAAAAACGGAAUUCGAUACUUUAUGAUGCCCCCUAGACAUCGAGGCCCUUUGGCAAUUUGCCUUCUUGCUCCCCCCCCCUCUCAGUGGCCCUGCCUGUAACGAUCACUGGUUUUUAACUGUCGUAUAAGUUGAUGUGAGAUGACUAUAUAAAACUGACAUAAGAACAAAGUCGCUGCUUUUUGCAUUGUAUCCCGGUGUCUGCAAAUUAGCCUGUGCCUCAGUCUACAAAUGGGGCGCAGGACUGGGGCGCAGGACUAGGGCGCAGGACUGGGGCGCAGGACUGGGGCGCAGGACUGGGGCGCAGGGCUGGGGCGCAGGCUACUGCAAAUGCAACCUCCCUAUAAGUUCUUAGAUUCUCUCGUAGUAUCGUCUUCUCCCAUGUGCUGCUAUUUUCUACUUAGCAGACUACUGCUGCUAUUUUCUAUUUACCAAAUCUACAAAUUCUACUUAGCUUUUCAAUCAUUGUAACAUCAAAAGGUUUUUGAAGGCAAACUUGUUACAUUUUUGACAUCAAAUGUUUAGAUCAAUAAUGCGAAAGUAGGUAGAAACGAUUUUUGUUUGUUGAAUGAUGACAAAGUUUGUAGAUUUGGGGAAAAUCAAAAUCAUUGGUAAUGAAAAUACUAAAAACAGGAAAAAACGAUACGUUAAUGUUUUCUUUGUUCCUGACGUAGCUAUUCAUUCGGUUGUCUUCUUCUUCGGGAUGUUGUUUACAGCUUCACCAAUAUUCUCAAAGUUCUUUGGUUGCUUCUUAGCAACUUCGAAUUGAGUCAUGUGUUCAAAUAAUCCAUUCUGAAUAACACGUGAUCGACUAGCUUCAGCUGAUUGGUAAAAGCAAAGACAAGUUCACCAAUGAGUGAUUCGCAUAUAACGUUGUAGAUGUUAUUGUUUAAACUCAUUCGACACCAAUUUAAGAAGUUUCGAGGCGACCUUCUCUGAUUAAGGCGAUUACUUGAAAAAUUCAAUGUUUUUUAUUUCAAUGAUACCAGCUAGAAGUGCUGUUUAGGUUUUUUGUUUUCUCAAAAAUGUCCUCCUCUGCUCUUUGCUUUCCUUGGGUCCGGUUGAUACAAACUAAGUUGCGAUUUUUACUGCCGAAUAUUCACUCGUAAAUCCCAUGUUGUGUCCUUGAAUCAAUUAUUUCCACCUUCCAUGCUUGUCGAACAUAUAUUUUCAGUUUUCGCACGAUCAUUUGCUUCAUGUCUGGAUUCCUCUCUACCGCCGAGCAUAACUCUGUAUAACUUUUAGGAUUCAGUUCGCACAAAAUGUCAGCAAAUGCUUUGAAGAGGUCCACUCUUUGCUCCUUUUUCAGAUGGGUUAGAAUUGUCGCCACAUCUUCUUGUGUCGAUUUACAUGUAAUGGCGGCAACAGUUCCACCGAAUAAUCCUCCGAGAACUACUCCCAUCGGCCCGCCACAGAUGCCGCCGACUGUCGCCGAUGUGCCUGUUAGUAUGCCGCCCUUUGCAUCGUGAUGCACCAUGACGCGGAUAUCUUUUUCGCUUGCAAGCAAGCUGAGGAACGAUACGAAAUCUUCUGGACUGACACUCAUCUCUACCUUUUCUGAUCUUGUUACUGUGUGAACUUUUUCUGUUGAUGGUAUAUGUGAAGCGAAAUCUAGAUAAUAGACCCUUGUACUGUCAAUUUCAAUAAAACCACACAUAAACAUGCGGAUUGGUGUCGAAACUGAAUUUUGUGAACAAACGAAAGGUCUUUUACCGAGUUUAAUGCAAAUGAGAUAAUACGAAAUUUCUGCCUUUGCUUCUAAACAGACCACGUGCCCGUUCAAAGUUCGCAUUCCGGAGACCCAUAAUGCGUUGCUAUGCGAAUCUCCAGCCGUAUGUUUUCUUUUGUUUGAUAAAUGCGCAGAAGGUUGAAUAUAAUUUCGCAUUUAAAACCUUUAAAAAUUAGUUCUUCAAAGUGAAGACUUCGCUAAAGACUUGAAAAUUAAUGAAACGAAGUUUUCAUGUAAAUAGAUUUCACAAGUAAAAUCUAUUGUGUUUUGUUUAGGAGCAGGAUGUAUAGAUCGUGGACAAGUUUUCUUUUGUCAAGGAAAAUCAUAAUUGAUGUCUUAUAAAUUAUAUUGGCAUAGUUUGGCCCGAACAACAAAUGCCCUUCACGGAUUUUUGCAGAAUGUAACGAUGCAACAUUUUGCAAAUAAAAAAUCAGUUGUUGCUUCGAUUGAAAAUGUACUUUAUAAAAAGGAUAUCAAUCAAAACAAAGUCCUUGACAGUUUAGGAGACUUUCUUUGACAAUUCAUUUGGUUUUUGACUUAAAUAGUUCGAAGUUAUCAGUUUCGCUUUUUCUAGUUUCCUUCUUUGAUGUUGUUAGCCUAUUCCAAUUUACCCACGAUUAAAUUACAAAUGGCUCUGAAAAAAGCAAAUAUGUUAAAACAUGCUGAAGCUUUUGGUCCGACACAAUAAUUAACGAUAGUUCUAAGCUAUAAUGUAUAUAUACCCAGUUGUCAAUCGAAAAAGGCCAAUCCGAAAUGCAAGCAUAAGACUGUAGAGAUUGCCCAAUCAGUGCCACUUGCAUAGAAUUACCAAAAGAGUCGAACGCUGAAAACUGACCUGUUCUGUCCGCACAGACUCUGUUUAUUUCAAGGAUUUUCCAUUACUGCAAAAGUCAGUCUAAAAAGGUACUUUUGGGUCAAAAGUGGGCUCGAAAUCUAAGUUUGUAUUAUAGAAUUUUGUUUGAGAAAAUGAAUCCGUAACGGUAAGCUUCGACCAUAUUCUGGAGAGAAUUACAAUUUUUAAGCCUGCAGAACUUCGUCUCAUAGGCGAAGUGAAACUGUUUGUUAGCUUCCGCAAGUUAAGCCAGCAAUGUCUGCAUCUGCAGAGAGAACUUACUCGAUGGCUAGACGGCUAAAAACCAGGCUUCGUUCGAAUAUGAAAAAUGCAGAUUCAAUAACCUUGCAAAUUUGAACUUUCAUAAAAAAUAUAGCAGAUAUGAUGUUCCUCGUGGACCUUCCUAACGUUUUUGCUCUAAAUGAAAACAGGCAUUGCAACUUUGGAAAUUUCACUCUUAGUGAUUUUUUGUGGUAACAGUUCUUCUUGACUGGAGGCCUUUUGUUGUUCUUUUAUUUUAUCUUGCUUGAUGAAUAAGUUGCUAUUCCUUUUCAAAGUAAUUAAAAUAUUCUCUGAAUCAGACUAUUUAUAUAUAAGGAUGGAAAGAAGCAUCGCCCUCAGCUAAGCCCUCCUCUAGUGCACGGUCCCUGCUGCCAGGCCGUAUAACAUAAUCUCAUCAUGUUUACAAAAUCUUUUCUGGCUAGGGAAUCAGAUGGUUACAAAAGUAAGGUCAUUUUAAGACCAUUUAAAUUUAAUAGACAAUAAUAACAAGUCGCAUGUAAGUAAAUCUAUAUUAGCCAUUUCAAAAUUAUCAAAACUUGAACAAAGAUCAACAUUUUUCUAGCUUGAUUUCUUUUUCAAUACACUUUCUACUCUCAUCAAUGCUUUUAUCUGUCCUUUUUUUGCUAGUAAACUAGAGUAUUAUGUUGCCUACGCCUGGAGUAAAAGACCUUAGGAAUGAGGGGUGUGACAACACCUUGAAUAAAAUUAUGUCGCAAAAACAUUUUUCCAACUGUCAUUAAACCUGGUUCCUUGAUAUGUUAUGCUAAUUUAUUAAAAAAAUGACACAAAUUUAGAGCUUUUGUAAAUUCUGCCAGUUGCUCUUUCCUGUUGGAUAGGCUUCCUGGUGCAUUUCAUCAUUGCACAUAUUUCAUUAAUAACUGUACAAAUUGGUCAUCACUACUGUAUGUUAAAUUUCUCCCAUUUCACAGUAGCUGUAUUUUUAUUUUCACU